GGGAACCUCAUAUUUGCGAGUUCAGGUGUUGCAGAGGCACCCGCACCCCUUAAACUGGUUAGCACUGUGUGACAUAGGGCACGCUGUCCCAUUAAUGGACGAAAGUCGGAAUCAAAAAAAAAUACCACGUGUAUUCGAGGGUGAACAAUGCAACUCCGAGGCAUGCCUUUAAUGAAUAGAAAACUUCGUGCCACUGCAACAACUUCCUCCUACAUCUGAAAGGGCUUUUUUUUCCAGCACAAAAAAUGCAAAAAUCAACCACCAGUCCCUCAGCUGCCAUGUACUCGACAGACAAUGACUGCGUCACCAGUCAACACAACAUCAUAGAACAAACGGCCGCCCCCACCCACACGUUAAAUUGCGGCAGGCACGGAUGUCCAGUCGUUUUUGUCUAUGAUGAUGGCACUGACUGGCCCACGAUCAACUGCCUUAUCGAUGAGCACUAUCCCGUGUGCACAGGCGGCUUCUAUGAGCUCGCCCAUUCAUACCCCCCCUUCCAACACCCACAUCACCGCGGGCCCCAGCAAGCGGAGAAAGAAAAGGAGGGCGAGCGGAAAGAAGACCUGGAGAACGACGAAUACACCGAGGAUGUACAACCUACAUCUGUCUGGUGCCGCGGAUGUCAGAAGGCCAUCAGCCUCGACAAGCGCUCCAGGUACUAUCCUGGAUUGUGGGUCAAGCACCGGGGCAAGUGCCCAGGUAUCCUCAAGAUGGAGAAAGAUAAACUCGCCUUGAGAAGAGACUGGAUUUACUCGUCAAAUCCAGAAUCAGCCGCUGGCUCAUUUGACAUGAGCGAUGAAAAUUGGGAGGAGGAAGAGGAAGAGGACAAGGUGAUGGGAUUCAGCAUGUCGAACGUGCGCCUUCGUAAGGCCCGCUGGGAAAGGGAAGCAAGAUGA